CCUUUGUUUGUACACGGAUUAUUGGGCCGUGCAUUAUUGGGUCGUGCAUUAUCGUGGCUGUACAUUAUUGCCUCCCAAAUAGACUCGUUGCGGGAUUUACCGGAUUGUCUGUUUUUGUGAAAUUAUAAUUGUAAAUGGUGUAAUUGAAAAAAUAAAUCUUGAUGAAGGAGAAAGUGAUUUUUAAGUAAUACUAAAAGUGGAUUUAGGUGUAAAUUUAAUUUUUAAAAUGGUGUAAAAAAGAUUUGCGAUUGCCGUACUUUAAAUUACUAACGCGAGUUUCUAUUUUCUGGGUUUUAAAAUGGACGAGGACAACAAAACUUGCGAAAAUUGCAACCGGGAGAUACCUUCGGGGAACUAUACCAUACAUUUAGUGCACUGCGUGCGGAAUAUCCGCGUAUGCCCGGUGUGCAAGGAGGCUGUGCCGCUCACGGAGCUGGAAGAACAUACGGAGAAGCUGCAUAAACUGAUGCCAUGCAAGCAAUGCGGGGAGAAGGUGCGCGGGACCGACAUGGAGGACCACAUCCGUGACUCCUGCGACCACACCAUACAGACUUGCAGGUGGUGCGACUUGGAGUUGUCCCGUCGGGAACUGCCCCUGCACGAAGGGUACUGCGGCGCGCGCACUGAGGAGUGCCCUCAGUGCGGGGAGUUCGUAAUGCAUAAAUAUAGGCAGCUGCAUCUCGACUCCAACCACGGCUUUGUACGCCUUGAUGAUGACCCCAUACCACGCCCUCAAAGACUGAGAGCAGUUGCGUCUACAUCCAUGUCUGUUAUUGGUUCCGGUGUGGUGUAUCAGAGGCCGGCAAACCGACUGCCUCGUCUACUAGACUUGCCUGACCAACCCAGCGCGAAUCCAGUACUGGCUAGACUGAUCGAUGCUAUCACAGAAGCCAAUGCGACUGACUAUUUCGGCGUAUCACGUGUCAUACACACCCAGAGCCCUAGAAGCCCUGACGCUGCUCCUGAUCAAGGAUCAAGUAAUGAUGGUCGUAAUUUCAAUCGAUGGCAAGUGAUCGGUUUGACUACGCCGAGGAAUGUCGCUCAAGUUAAUGCCGCGGAUGUUCCUGGUACAAGUAGUGAUUCUAAAUCCGCACCCCGUGGGGCUAUUAAGAAGCGUAAAGCACCAAAACCACCGAGUGUUAGUACACCAGAAUCCCAGCCGGAUCAGUCGCAGGCGACUCCGGUCGGCAGAACAUACUCCUUGUUCCCCUCCACUUCCACUUCCGCACCUAACACUCCCAUAUCCGGUCCCAUGACUGGUCCAAUCCGUGGCCCAAAAUCUGGACCACUCCCUGGUCCUAACAAUCGGUCCAAUUUACCACUAUCAGGGAAUGACAACGCUCCAGGAGCCAAUGGCCGUCAGACUGAAAAUACCUCCAAUGAAGACCAGAAACGAAGGGGAUCCGUCCCAGUGAACUCCCCCGCAAAACAAUCAGAAUUGGAUAGAGAUCAUGAGAUGACUAACGCAGAAGACUUUAGGAAUGUAAAGCCGAUGACGACUGAGGAGUUUAUGAAGAGAUUCAGGCAACUGCAGCUGGAUAACUCUAAGAGAGGGGAGAGUUCUCGUCUGGAAAGAUCUCCCAGGAAGGAGGAGAAUUCUCCAACUUCCGAGGAUAGAUUCAGUGCUAUUAAAUCCUCGUUGAAAGAGCUACGGAGAGGUUUGAAUGAGGUCACGGCCCCAUAUAGUAACAGCAAUAUCAACGCAAACGACCGCGGUAAUACGUCUCGCGACAACCCUGAUACACCUACGAAAAAGUCUAGCAAAUCCAAUUCUGAUGAUGGAAGUGAAGGCACACGAGAUAACUCUCCCCGUGGAGGUGAAACUGAAGGAGUAGAUGACAUCGACUGGGGACAAGAUGCCGCAAGGGGAGAGGAGAUCCCUUGGAGAGAUGUGGCUGAAGGGAAUAACUCCAGCUGGGGAGGUGACCCCGGCUGGGGAGGAGACUCCAGUUGGGGGGGUGAGGUCGCAGCGGUGGAUGCGUCCGGCUGGGGAGUGGUGGCUGUAGGAGAUGGUGGCGGAGGAGGAGGAGCUUGUGGUGUGGAUGUGAUCGAUGUGAAGCUGCCGUGCGAGUUCUGCGGCACCCUGAUACAGGCCAGCGAUCUGGUGCAGCAUCAGACGGGUUGCCGGCCGGAUCUGGCGCAGUUGCUUCCAGCGGCAGACCAAGAAGACCAGCAGGAACCCUACAUCCCCUGCGAGUACUGCGACCACCGCAUGCCCUUGGAGCUCAUUGGUGAACAUCAGGAGCGCUGCAGCCGAAAAAUGAAACGCAUGUUUAUGAAGUGAACAUCUUCCUUUCAAACUAUUUAUUCUAAUUUAUAUUUUUUCUAUACAAUACUUUACAACGACCAAAGUCGUCAUUCAGCCGCACUCACAGUUGGUUAAAUAACCCUUAAGUCGAUAGUGUCCAGUGUAUCGAAGAACUAGUAAAAAAAUCUAUUUCGUUCAUUUUUCAUAUCCAAAAAUAUGAUUACUAGAAAAAUAAGUUUUUUUGUAACAAAAAACUCCGUCGAUUUAAGAGUUAAAUAUCGCUUAGUGUUUUCUUUCGACACUAAGGGUCUUCCUGUGUAAUGACUAUGAGUGCAGAUAAAAUGUUAAUAAAAUCUAUAUUUCCUUUCGUAUUCUUGUGAUCGAAAACAAUAAUUUUCUACUCUUUCUACAUUUGUCCAGGAUAUGAGUUAGUUAUAUACUAUUUAUUUACUAUACUAUAGCAUGUAAUGCUUAUAUACUCAGUGUAUGUAGAGGUUAAGUGAAUGGACCGCAGGGAUGGUUAAAAAAAAACAAUAAAAAAUGGCAUUUAUGUCAUCAUUUGAAGGGUUUGGCUUGAAUAGGGAAUAUGCAUGUAAUUUAAAAGUGGUAAUUAAUAAUUCUAUUCAUUAAUUUUUUAUUUUAAAGUUGAUU